AUGGAGGCAACAAGAAUGGGAUUUGGACUGAGAAAUCUUCCUCAAAUCCGUCACAUCCCUCUCUGUCUAGAGACCAACCUCUGUCUUUUUCCUCGGCGUUUGCUCCAAAAUCACAUUUUUUUCCGAAAACCCGCAAAACAACACUUGUUCUGUGUUAAGGGCACUACUGAGAGUCGUAGUGAUCUUGAGAGCACUCGUCCCUUGAUCCAGUUUUCUCCCUCUUACUGGGGCGAUCAUUUCCUCUCUGUUCCCUUUGACGAAUCUGAAUUCAAUGCGCUUGAUCGAGAGAUCGAAUCAGUGAUGAAGCCGCUAGUGAGAGACAUGCUCAUGUCUUCUCAAAGCGGAGACAAGGAGAAGAUUCGGCUGAUUCACUUGCUAAUCAACCUCGGUAUCUCGUUUCACUUUGAAAACGAGAUCGAUGAGAUCCUUAACAAGGCUUUUGAGAAGUUGGACAUCUUAAUUGCUGAAAGCAAAGAUGAUUUAGAAACAAUCUCAAUCAUGUUUGUGGUUUUUCGACUACGCGGUCACUAUAUGUCUUGCGAUGCCUUUGAAAGAUUUAAAGGUGAUAAUGGUAAGUUGAAGGUAAGUUUUGCCAAGGAUGUUAAAGGAAUGUUGCAGCUAUACGAAGCAGCACAUCUCGGGACAACCUCUGAAGAUAUAAUGGAAGAAUUGCUUACUUCCACGAGGAAUCAAUUGGAGUCUUUGUCCGUCCAAGAAGCGAGCAGUAACCCUAAUAUCUCUAGACAUAUUCGUAACGCGUUGUAUAGAGCUCGAUAUCAGAAUAUGGAAAUACUAUCCAUAAGAGAUUACAUUUCUUUCUAUUGUCAAGAAGAAGAGCACGACGAGAUGCUACUCAAGUUUGCGAAGCUCAGCUUCAACUUUUGCCAGAUGCAUUACGUCCAAGAGCUUAAACACCUCACCAAAUGGUGGAAGGAUUUAGAUCUUCCAUCUAAGCUACCUUACAUGAGGGAUAGGCUUGUGGAGACUUUUAUCUCGGCGCUUAUAGUUUACUUCGAGCCAAAAUAUUCACGAGGAAGAAUUAUAUUCACUAAACUCCUCAUUGUUGGUGUUGGAAUGGAUGAUACAUGCGAUGCAUUUGGAACUCUUCCAGAAGUUGAGACUUUCAUUUCUUAUUUACAAAGAUGGGAACUUGGUGCUGCUGAUGAACUUCCAAGCCAUAUAAGAAUCGCUGUCCAAAGUAUGUUGGACACCGUGGAAGAGAUUGAAAAAGAAAUGAAGCCACGAGGAAGAUUGGCUAGUGUAAAGCUAAUGGCAGAGGAGGUGAAAACCCUUGGAAGGGGUUACCUAGACUUAGCCAAAUGGGCACGUAUAGGUCACGUGCCAACGUUUGAGGAGUACAUGGAGGUUGGGCUUGUGACUUCAGGGAUGUGUGUCUUGCUAGCUUACAGCAUUAUCGCCAUGGAAGAUUGUGAUGAGAAGCAAACGAACGAGUGGUUCCAAACUAGGCCAAAAAUCUUUCAACCUUUGCAUGCUGUGUUUCGUCUCAAGAAUGAUAUAGCCACCUACGAGUUGGAGAUAAGCAGAGGAGAGGUGGCGAAUGGAGUGAAUUGUUAUAUGAAGCAACAUGGUGUAAGCAAAGAAGCAGCGAUGGAGGAAUUGAAUAAGAUGUAUAAAUAUAACUAUAAGAUGAUAAUGGAGGAGUUCUUGACGAUCAAAGAUGUGCCACGUCCAGUUCUUGUUCGGUGCAUUAACAUUGCACGCCCCAUGGAAGUGUUUUACAAGGAGCAUAAUGAUGAAUACACCAAUCCCCAAGCAAAGAUCAAACAAUUCAUUGCCGCUGUGCUCCUCCAUCCCUUUCAUCUUUGA